AUGGGCUGUUUCUACUCUAAGUCAAAAAGAAAGUUUCCUGCACAGGAGAAGACAAUAACUCUUGCAUCAGAGACCGCUUUUACUGUCAGUGAGGUUGAAGCACUGUAUGAGCUUUUCAGGAGCAUCAGCAGUUCUGUUAUCGAUGAUGGACUGAUAAGCAAGGAAGAGUUUCAAUUGGCAAUCUUCAAAAACAAGAAAAAGGAGAACAUUUUUGCGACUCGGAUCUUUGAUCUAUUUGAUGUCAAGAAGAAGGGAGUUAUUGACUUCGAAGACUUUGUUAGAUCUCUCAAUGUUUUCCACCCAAAUGUGUCAUUAGAAGAGAAGAUAUCGUUUUCAUUUAGGCUCUAUGAUUUGCACAAUACUGGAUUUAUAGAGCGUGCAGAGGUCAAAGAAAUGCUAAUUGCACUUCUUUAUGAAGCGGACAUGAAAUUGGCAGAUGAUGUCAUAGAAACAAUUCUGAACAAAACUUUCUCGGAAGCUGAUCUAAAUGAAGAUGGGAAAAUAGACAUGGACGAGUGGAAAGCAUUUGUUGGUAACAAUCCGUCACUAUUAAAAAUCAUGACCCUACCUUAUCUAAAGGACAUAACAACCUCUUUCCCAAGUUUUAUUUUUAAUUCUAAUGUGGAUGAAGUUGCUGCAUAA